AUGUCUCGAACAUUGCUGGCUCAGCGGCUUCAGGAUUUGGAAGAUGAGUUGCAGGAUGCCUUCCACCGAGUUCAAGAUCGGGUAAACGUCUUACGUCAAGACUUGGUUGAAGACAUGCCUGCAGAGGUGGGGACGGUGGAAGAAGAUGCCACCCAGGUUUCCGAUUCGCCAAAUCUGCUGGAAGACUGGCUGCUUAAGGAGGAUGUUUUGUCCAUACCCAACGAGGAGCCAACCACACUCUCCGGCGAUGCGCUGCAUCUCUCAGCCGAGAUGUUGAGCGGACAUGCUCGUUCAUAUUUGCGCUUGAACUCUCACCUGAUGGAACUUUCAAUGCGGGCGGCCGAAAGCGUAACGGUUUUCCGAAAAGAACGGAUGAGCACUCUCAGUGUAUCGCCCGUCGCCACUGUCAGUCCCCGGACACGCCAAAUCCGGAAUGUUGCAGCUCAGCUCAGCACAGAGCUAGAAAAGUGCGAGUCCAUUUUCAAAGUGUUCCCGCCGAAUUCAACUUUUCGGCUGAUUUGGGAUUUUUGCGGCAUUUCCUUCAUCGUGCUUGAUGCAUUCCUUCUACCUAUGUGUAUAGCAUGGGGGUGGGAGAUCUCACCGAUGCCACCUUCUUCGCCGACCUUCGACAACCAAUUGUUUCAGCUGUUCGCCAUUGUUUCCUUGGUAUUUUGGCCACUGGACAUUUUGGUGAACUUCAACACUGCAUUUUAUACUCAAGGCCGUGUAGAGACUCGCCGAUCCCAGAUUGCUAAACGCUAUGCUGCUACGUGGCUUCCCUUCGAUAUUUGCGUCGUGACGAUUGACUACCUAGCCGGCUUGUUGGUGCAGGCAACGGAGGAGCAAACCACGGACUUCUUGCAGCCGUUGCGAUCUGCUCGAUAUCUGCGGAUCAUGCGUACAGUUCGCAUUCUGAGGAUCGUGAAAGCAGGAAAAAUCAAUGUGCUUCUGGAAAACUUGGUCAUAUCGUUGGGACGGCAAUGGCUCAUUCUGGCCUUCACUGUGGGGAAGAUGCUGCUGGUCAUUGGUGCAGUUGCGCAUAUUCUUGCAUGCAUUUGGUAUGCAUUGGGUGAUACGAUAUCACAGGAAAGGGACAGCUGGUUGCAACUCGCCCAAGUCGGAGAUGCACCCUUCCAGACGCAGUACAUUCACUCACUGUCGUGGAUUCUCCUUACACCUUCGCCUGCACCGCUGGAACCUGACAGCAACAUCGAACAUACAGCUGUGCUUGUGCUUUUCGUGACGACGGUGCUGGUCAUCGGUUCAGCCUUGUCUAUUCUCACCGGCACCCUCAACGAGAUCCGCCAGGUGAACAGCGAACGUAGCAAAAAGCGCCGAGAGCUGCGGAUAUUUUUGCAGAAUCGCUUGGUGCCUACCGAGCUGCUCAUGAGAAUUAUGAGUUAUGCCGACUACAAGAUGACCCGUCACUCGCCCAUUGCUUACGACACCACAUUGAUAUCGCCAAUGCUCGAAGCAGAACUGGCUACCUCCCAAUUCGGCUCUGUCCUGACAAGCCAUCCGUUGCUUGGGUUCAUCUCUUCCAUGUACCCCUCCGUCUUUGCAGAAUGCUGCCGAUCUUUGCACAAGCUUUUCUUCUGCGAGGGAGAGGCCGUGUUUGACGAGGGCUCAAUGGCAGAGAAGAUGUACAUCACCAGCCACGGCAAAUUUAAGCUCACUGCCGAUUCACUUCAAAGUGACGAUGUGACCUUCGACGACGAUGGUCAAUACUUUGCCGAGAUCUCUUUGUACGUUGAGGCGGUGAUGCACGGAUACAGUCUAAACACCGAUUCUUUCUCAGAGGUGUUUUGUCUGAGCCCUGCCGACUUUGCAAAAGUGUUGGUCCAUUCACCCAUCUGCUGCACGAUGGUGAUUGAGUACGCCAAUGAGUUCAUCACCCGCUAUUCUACCGGCCCAUCAGCUACUCAGAUCAGUGUUUGGCACCAGGUCGAACGGGAACAAGAGUGUGCCAGAGGCGCUUGCGAGUGUAAUUCCUUCUACUUGGAGGAGCACGUGGACCACCGGCUGGACCUGGAAACUCUGGAUUUGUCAUACCUCCAAAACCCAGUGAUUUCAUCCAUGACCGUUGGCAUAAAACCCAAUGAUCCGAAAGCGAGUCCAGGCGAAAACGAUUCUCAGCAGUCGGCAUUGCCCUCGCCUGCGGUGCAGCUGCAGGGAGGAGUGCACGACGGAGUUGGCUUGACCUGCAUGGACUUCGUCGCUUCGGUGGUUCGGAGCCAAGAGACGAUCGAGGACACGCUCGCGAGUUUGCGCGAGGCCUUCGUAGAGCUGGACCCCGAGUACGGUCUGCAUGCGAGGUUCUCCGACACCAAGGAGCAGGAGCGCGCUGAGUCUGCCAUUCUGAGUCUCAUCGCCAUCGUGCGGGGCGAUUACAGAAUGUAUACAGCAGCGCAGCCACAGCAAAGUCGCCUUACCGAGUCUCAGUGGCAGCACAUACAGGAGCUGUUCGCAUGGACUGCUCCCAACGACGAGAAGCUCCUGGCCGUGAUCUUCCUCUUGGCGGUCAAGGGAGCAACUAAAUACAGGUCACUCACGCGGCAGCUUCCAACGGGCUUGCAUCGCCAGGAGAAGGCGAUGAACUUCAUCCUUGAUACCUUCCCAUCAGCAGUUCCGUCAGCCGCCAGCUUGGGCAGCAAAGUGAAGAAGUUGGUUCGAAACCUCUUGAGGAUGCAGGGUACCUUCAGCUUUGCCCAGAUGUUGCAGGGUGAAAACGUGCCGGCCAACAUCCGCGAUCUGAAAGAAGCCAUCCAACCGCAUGGAGGUGAAGAGUUGCUGAAGUUCUACGUGCUCUAUCUUCUUGGCUUCAUGAGUGGCAUCGCUGGUGGCAAGGGGUCACGUUUCAUGACGCAAGGAAAUGCAAGGACAACGCUUUUGGGCUUGUCAACCCUCCAGCACAUCCUUGAACAAGAUCCGGCUCCUUUGUAUUGGACCUACAUUCACUACCGCGGCUUGGAGCUCGGGAGGCACGCGAAGACCCCCGCAGACCUCGCUCUCCUUCGGCUUGCCUGCAAUUGCCGGGUGCAGACCUCGAAGGAUCUCGAAGCCUUGCAAGAAGCUUGGGAUUUUCUGACUGGCCCAGAGCAGCAACAGCUGACCAAGAACUUGCUUGCGGACGGCAUCGCAACGCGGGCAGUGGUGUGCGAAUUCCUUCCGCUGUGUUUAGAGCGAGCUUGCUCCAAUCCGUUCGUCAAAGUCUCCGCGCUCCUGCAGGUCCUCGUCGAGCUACUGAAGGCAGUCCAUGCAGCUGCGGAGCAGGGAGACCUCAUCGUCACAGUGGACCUGGCAGACCUGGCAGCCUUCAUCCUCAUGGUUCGCAACAGCUAUGUCUUUGAGACGUGCCUGGCGCGUGCCACGCUCACGAUGCGGGAAGAAAGAUUUUAUGUGGAUGUUUCGCAGAAUAAUUGGCGAAGAGUGAGCGAACCUGCCACGGACGUGAUCUUGCUCGCCUCAUCUGUCCGUGAGCUCGUGCACAAGUCGAGGAAGUCAGAUGAUGCGAAUCUUACAGCUGAACAGAAGGUUUUGGUGCAGUGCCACCUCUAG